GGGGGCGAGGAGGAGGGGGACAGCGACGAGGACGGCUGGGAUAUCGGCGUCGUGCGGCAUGAGCUGCAGCAGUUGGAUCAAAUGUUGCAGGCAGACAAGAAUGACGCGUUAAAGAAGGCUCUGUUUCAUGGUGAUGUGUCAUUAAUUGAAGAACUCUUAAACUCCGGUAUAAGCAUAGAGUCUAGCUUUCAGUUUGGAUGGACUCCCCUGAUGUGUGCUGCCAGUGUGGCUGAUUUCGCAGUAGUGCGUCUUCUUCUGGACAGAGGUGCUAAUGCAUGUUUUGAAAUAGAUAAGUACACUGUGCUGAUGGCAGCAUGUACUGCGCAUGCUUCAGAGGAAAACAUCUUGAAGACUGUGGAACUGCUUCUAUCAAGGAAUGCUGACCCUAACCUUACUUGCAGGAGACAAAUGACUCCGCUGAUGUAUGCAGCUAGAAAAGGCUAUCCUCAGGUUGUUGCUCUUCUUGUUGCUCAUGGAUCACACAUAAAUGCCCAAGAUGACAAUGGAUAUUCAGCAUUAAUAUGGGCAGCACAGUAUGGACAUAAAAGUGUAAUUCUAAAGUUGCUUGAGCUGGGAGCUGACAAGAAUCUACAGACUAAGGAUGAGAAAACAGCAGCAGAGCUAGCAAAAAUCAAUAAACAUUCAGAGAUUUAUAGUUUACUCUCUUUGGCUGCAAGUCACUUGCAAGGGAAAUACCAUGAAACGAUUAAGCAAGAGGCUAUCUACAAAUUUCUGACAGCUGUCCCUGACCACAGAGUUGGUUCGUAUUCAACUUUUGAUGACAUGGAAGUGUUUUUACAUGGUCUUGGUCUAGAACACAUAAUAGGAUUAUUGAAGGAAAGAGAUAUAGCUUUAAGACAACUUCUGAUCAUGCAAAAAGAUGAGUUAGUACAGAUUGGCAUUACAAAUCCUGGAGAUCAACAGAAACUCCUAGAUGCUAUUAAUGAGCUACAAGUGGAAGAAAUAAGAAUUGGAGACCUCUCUGAAGUGAUGAAGCUGGAAUUGAGCGAAGAUGAAUUUCUCAAGUUUCUUCAGAAGUUGAAUAAAGAGUGUAGUAAGCUGACUGUUCCUGUGCAGACCAUGAAUAAGCAUUUCCUCAAAAAUUCUCACAAGAUAGUACUGCAGUGGGCACCGACUGAAAGUUUUAUUGAAGUCUGCAAAGACUUGGUUUGCAGUGUUGAAAAGCUGGGAGAAGAAGUUACCAAACUGAAGGACCUGGUGGAGAAGCAUGAACAGAAGAAUGACCCCAGCCGAGUGAAACUGCCAGGAAAAGCACCCACCUUGGAAAAAAGAUUAGUAAAAAUGGGAGCGGUAACAUUACUUGGAUUUGUUUUUUUCUUCUUUAUAACUAAGUUAGUGGUAAAGAAAACCUGA